AUGUUAGCAUGUGUCGGUGUGCUGGCGUGUAGCAGGAGCUGAAGCAGCACGUUGGCCAGAAGUAAACCGCGACAGAACUUCUUCUCUGUCUCCGUUUUCUUCCCCCGUCUGUGGAAAAUGUCCAGACUUCCGGGCGUCAAAGGUUCCCGGCGGCAGCAGCGGCUAACGUUAGCUGCGGCUCGGACGGGUCAGACAACAAGACCCGGACCCGGAGAGGACCCCGCUCCCCGACACAGUCUGCUAGGCCUGGUUUCAGCUCCCGAGUUAAAGCUGCGAAGAGUGUGUCCUGCAGACGUCCAGAAGCAAAGAUGCAAAGAAAAGGUUCCCCCUGAGCAGCACGAGUGGAGCCCCAAUCUGGACCAGGAGGACCCAGUGACCCCACACAUUAAAGAGGAGUGGAGCCCCAGUCUGGACCAGGAGGACCCAGUGCCCCCACAUAUUAAAGAGGAACAGGAGGAACUCUGGACCAGUGUGGAGGAAGCUGAUAUCACCAAGUUCCCAUUCACUCCUGUUCCUGUGAAGAGUGAAGAAGGUGAUGAAGAGAAACCUCAGUCCUCACAGCUUCAUCAGAGCCAGACUGAACAGAUGGAAACAGAAGCUAAUGGAGAGGACUGUGGAGGACCAGAACCAGCCAGGAACUCUGAUCCAGAUACAUAUUUACAACCAGUUAGUGACGACAGGACUUCAGACUCUUCUGAGACUGAUGACAGUGAUAAAAACUGGAACGAUCCAGACAGAAAGUCAUUUAGCUGCUCUGUGUGUGGUAAAACAUUUAAACAUAGGGGUAAUGUUAAUAUUCACAUGAGAACUCAUACAGGAGUCAAACCUUUUAGUUGCUCAGUUUGUGGUAAAAGGUUUACUCAAAAAGCAAGUCUGAACUACCACGUGAGAACUCACACAGGAGAGAGACCAUUUAGCUGCUCAGUUUGUAGUAAAACAUUUCGACAUAAAGGAGCUCUAACGUACCACAUGGCCACCCACACAGGGGUGAAACCAUUCAGUUGCACUGACUGUGGCAAAACAUUUAGGGGGACAUCACAGCUCAAAGUCCACAAGUGUCUUGGUGACUUAUCACAACUUCACCAAAGUAAAAGUGAUAAACGCAAGAAACCACUGAACUGUUCUGAAUGUGAUGUAACAUUUCCUAACAAUUACCUUCUGACAACCCACAUGAGAAUGCACAAAGGCAAGAAACUGUUUACUUGCACAGUCUGUGGUCAAAAACGUCAGUUUAGUUCCCAUCUGGAGAUUCACAUGAGAACCCAUACAGGGGAGAAACCAUACAGUUGCUCUUUUUGUGGUAAACGAUUUUCACAAAGAGGAAUCAUGACCCAACACAUGGCCGUCCAUUCAGGGGUAAAACCGUACGGCUGCAGCGACUGUGGCAGAAGAUUCUUCUGGCAGUUUCAGAUAAAAAAACACAAGUGUCUUGGUAAGUCCUUGCAGCAGAGAAGAACUGGCUUUAAUGGAAAGGACUGUGGAGGAUCAGAACUAGACAGGAACUCUGAUCCAGAUAGACUUUUACAACCUGGUGCUGAUGAAAACACUAAAUCUUUUGAAACUGAUGACAGUGUUGACAUUGAAUUUUGGAAAGAGACCAGGCAACAUCAGUCAGGUUUCACUUACCGCAGAACAAAAAAAGUCUCUGGAAAAACUGAUUCAAAGGCAGAUGACAGUGUUAGCAGUGAUUUUUGCAAACAGACCAGGCAUCUAAACCUCCCAAAAAAACUGGAAGCCUCUGUAAGUAAUAAAGGAUAUAAUACUGACAGGAAAUCAUUCAGCUCGUCUGAGAGUCAGAAAAGAUCUGAAGACAGUCGCACUCUGCAGACACUCAGGAAAUGUCAAACAGGAGGGAAAGCAUUUAGUUGCGUGUUCUGUGGGAAAGGAUUUGCGACAGGAGGAUAUCUGACAAGACAUAUAUCUCUCCAUACAGGAGAGAAAUUACGUAAUUGCAUUGUUUGUGAGAAAAGAUUCCCAUUGAAUACUGACAUCAUUAGCCAUACAUGUGGUGGUGAAUCCUUACAACUUUAUCAAAGCCAAACUGAGGAACAGGUUACUGCCAAUACAUUGUUGAGCUGCUCUCAGUAUAGAAAAGGAUUUGGCCAUAAGCACCAGCUGCAGGUACACAUGAGGUGUUACACAGGGGAAAAGCCUUUCUGCUGCUCAGUGUGUAACACAGGCUUUAGUGACAGUGAGUCUUUAGUUAAACACAUGAGAAUCCAUACUGGACAAACACAAUUUAGUUGCUCAAUAUGUGGUAAAGAAUUUGCUUGGAGAAGAUGUCUGACAAAACAUAUGGAAAUCCAUGCAAAGAAAAAAAUGUACAGCUGCAGAGUUUGUGACAAAAGUUUCACUCGAAUUUAUCAGCUCAAUUACCACGAAUGUGUUGAGUCCUCACAGCUUCAUCAAAGCCAAACCGAACAGAUGGAAACAGGAGCUGAUGGAGAGGACUGUGGAGGACCAGAACAAGCCAGGGACUCUGAUCCAGAUAGACAACCUGAGACUGAGGACACUUCUGAGACUGAAGACAGUGAUGGUGACUGGGAGGAGACCAGAGGAACUCAGUCAGGUUUAAACUCUCUGAGUGAUAAGACAUGUGAUGCGGGUGGGAAGCGAUUCAGCUGCUCUGAGUGUGGUGAAACAUUUUACAAUAAUCGCCUUCUGAAUAUCCACGUAAAGAAUCAUACAGGAGAACACAAGGGGGCAAACCAGGAGGACCCACCAGAGCCCCCACAUAUUAAAGACAAGUGGAGCCCCAGUCUGGACCAGGAGGACCCAGAGACCCCACACAAUAAAGAGGAGUGGAGUCCCAGUCUGGACCAAAAGGACCCACUAGAGCCCCCGCAUAUUAAAGAGAAGUGGUUUCUCAGUCUGGACCAGGAGGACCCACCAGAGCACCCACAUAUUAAAGAGGAACAGGAGGAGCUCUGGAUCAGUCAGGAGGGAGAGCAGCUUCCAGGGCUGGAGGAGGCUGAUAUCACCAAUUUCACAUUCACUCCUGUCCCUGUGAAGAGUGAAGAAGAUGAUGAUGAAGAGAAACCUCAGUCCUCACAGCUUCAUCAAAGCCAAACUGAACAGAUGGAAGCUGAUGGAGAGGACUGUGACUCUGAUCCAGAUAGACUUUUACAACCUGAGACCGAAGACAAGCCUGAACACACAUAUAAAACUGAAGACAGUGUUGACAGUGACUUUUGGAAGGAGACCAGAGAACGCUGCUCUGAUGAAAAGGCUUCAGAGUCUGUUGGACCUGAGACUGAUGACAGCGUUGACAGUGAUUUCUGGAAAGACAACAGGAAACCUCAGUUAGAUUUAAACUCUUUAAAAAAUAAUGAAGUUUCUGAAAGUGAAACGAUGCCCAAUACUCUCAGGAAAACAUACAGCUGCUCUGAGUGUGGGAAAAGGUUCCUCCACAUUUGCAAUAUGAACAAUCACAUGAAAUUUCAUACAGGAGAGAAAGCUUUUUUUUGUUCUGUUUGUGGUCAGAAAUGUCUUUACAAGUCUCAUCUGAAGAUACACAUGAGAACUCAUACAGGAGAGAAACCAUUCAGCUGCCCAGUUUGUGGUAAAAAAUAUGCACAUAAGGCAAGUAUGCAAUCUCACAUGGUCGUCCACACGGUGGAAAAACAAUACACCUGCGACGUUUGUGACAAAAGCUUUGCUUGGUAUACAGAGCUGAAAUACCAUCAGUGUGUCGGGGAGUCCUCACAUGAAAAUCCAUGCUGGGGAGAAACCACGUAGUUAUACACAAGAGAAAUCUGUACUUAACACAGGAGAAAUGAUGAUUGGUUGAGCUGCAACUAGGGCUGGACAAUUUUCGUGAUAUAAUUUUCCUCAACAGAAUAACAUAUGUUCAAUAAAUUGAUUUAAUUAAUUUGUUUUACGAACGAAUUAGCAUGUCAUUUUUCUACUAAGAUAUUUAUUUUUAUUAAGGAGAAGGGACUGAAAACAAAUUGUACUUUAUUUUCCUCGUGCAUAUUUGUUAAAACUGUUAAAAAUGUACUGAUCCUCUGUUUGGCAUAAAGUGUUUGUUCUGACCAGAAAGAAAAGUUUAAAACCACAUUAACUUUCACUGAGGAGCAAAAAAAAUCAGCCUUUAAACUAGAUGAUUGAAAAUAAUGAUUUGAGAUUUAUUUUGAUCAUUAUCUAUAUCCAAUGACAUGAAAUUUCUGGGCUAUAUUGCCCAGUCCUAGCUGCAACCAACAACUUCUUACUGUAUCGAUUAAUCGGCAAAUUAUUUUCUGAUUUCAUGUUUAGUUCAGUUUACUGUUAAUUUUGACACAAUGAAGCUGCUCCUCUUCACAUUUGAGAAGCAGGAACAAAACAAAACCCGGCUGCUUUUCUGUUGAUUGCUUAAUCAACUCAUGGUGGCAGCUGUACUGUAGAGUCCUGUCAGCCAAGUAUUGAAGCAUUAAAACAACAGGAAAACCUCACUUUGAGUUUCUCACAGUUGUAUUAAAGAAGUGAUUGUGAUUUUGAAUACGCUAAAGGGAUUUUAAAGGUAUUUAUUUUAUUUUUUAAAGAAAUGCUUUGUCUUUGCAGUAACACAACAAUACACAACUUCCUGUUUAUAUCUGCUUUAUCCAACUUCCACACACUAUUGCACUACAUCAUCUACCUGGGUGAUCUUCAGUGACCACUGAGUCUUUUCUGACCUUUGCAGACAGAAGGUUCUUGAUGUGGACCCUGGACUGGGAAAAAUAUACAAGAUGAUCCUCAUGUAGAAACGCAGCCUUCAUAUCAGAUAUUCAGAUGUUUCUCCUUCGUGCCUCUCAGGUCUGACUUUAUUUUGCGAUACUUCAUGUGAACUGUGAACUAGAGAUGCACAGAUUGGCCAUAAGAUGGGUUAGGGUCAGAUGUUCUUCUAAGAUUUAUAAUCAACAAACAACCAAACAUUUUUGGAACUUUGAUGGAGAAUUAUUGCUCCAUUAGCAGCAGCAUAAGCAUUAGCUGUUCCUCUGGUGUCGAUUGUCUGUUGAUAAUAAAUUGAUUAUUAAAUCACUUUUAUUAAAAAUAAAAUCCAACAGAAAACAAACUGCAGUAUACGGCCCCGAUCAGACAGAAUGCUUUUUUUGCGGUGAGAGGUGUCUUUUAAAAAAAAAUUGUUUUCUAUUGGCAGUGAGCGUUGUUGCGCGCAGUUUAUGCGGCCAGGAGCCCUCCGAGCGCACAAAGUUGAAAAAAUUCUACUCUGAGCAGAAAAGCACCCGACGUCAUUCGCGUUUUUUUUUUCCCAUUGUCCAAUCAGUUGUGGAGACUCAACAAGCUGGCCCUGACUUAUCUCAAAAUAAGCCUUGAACCCACCAUCAUUAAGGCAAAGCUCCUUGUGGAACUACCAGUGGUGUCUCCGCUUUCUGAGGGUCUCAUUUACCCACACGGAUCUCCGUUUCCAUGUCUCCUGCGUGUUUGUACACCUCUCACCUUCCGCUUUUUUUUUUAAAUCAGAUGUUUUUAGCAACUAAAGACACAACUUUGAGUUGUGAUCAAUUUCCUGCUAAUAUGAGAAAGAUUACAGAUCGCUGAUGGCUGAAUUAACAUAAAAAAAAAACAGCGCACUGCUCUUUUCCAAAUUCAACCAAAAAAGGCAUUGCUGUGUCUGGCUGGGACCUAACGCAGCUUAGUGUUUCCCACAGAAUAACAAUGAUAGUGUAACUGAGGCAGGGACAUUGGGGGAUGUUUUAUCUGAAAAUAUAUAAAAGAAUACAUUAUACUUACUUAAUUACUAUACUUCUAGCAGGUUAUUAUCUUAACUCACCAUUUUAAUUGUCCACCUUGUCUUAUUUAAUUUGGCCGUCUCAGGCUGAUCAGCACUGGUCACUGAUCAGAAAUGUGUCAAUGACAAAUGUUUAAUCAACAUUUUACGUAGAAAUCAUCUUCAAAAGCGAUAAUGUUGUAGCUAGAAGUGCCUCUGAAAUGUAAAAAAUGAUAUUUUCUGGUUUCAUUUUGUUCACAUUUCAAUAAAAUAUGAAUUAAAACAA